AAAUUUUUCAGUUGGAAAUUUUCUACGUUGGCGAGUAGUCGUGAGCAACAGAAAUUGUGAAAGCAGAAGCAGCAAAAGCAGAGUUUUGGCUGGCUGGCUGCUCUGUGAGAUUUUCAUCCAUAUUAGAGCCCACUCUGAGAACAAAAAUAAAUUCAGAAGAUUCUUUCAUAGAUUUUGUAAAGCGGGAAACUUUAAAAACAGAGACAUAAUCCGCAAGUGUUUUUUGUUUGGUGUUUAUUAUUUACAAAUUUUACUCUUGUAAUAAAGCGACCAUAACUAUUUGAGUUGCUGAUUUCGUUGGGGUUUACAGUGCUUCCAGCGGUGGUAGAAACUCGGAAUUUUUCAAUUUUUUUCCUUAUAAUUUAUUGUAAAAGUGUCCAGUAGCAACGACGCUUAACGGCGUUGUUGAAAAGUCGGCCCGAUGAUGGCAUUGCCAAUGAACUCACUUUACUCCCUUACGUGGGGCGACUAUGGCUCGUCACUGGUGACGGCCAUUCAACUUUUGCGCUGUCACAAUGACUUGGUGGACUGCACUUUGGCUGCUGGCGGGCGCAGUUUUCCAGCGCAUAAAAUUGUGUUAUGUGCAGCGUCGCCAUUUCUACUGGAUCUGCUAAAGAAUACACCAUGCAAGCAUCCGGUAGUGAUGUUGGCCGGCGUCAAUGCCAACGACCUGGAAGCGUUGUUGGAGUUUGUUUAUCGCGGCGAAGUAAGCGUCGAUCACGCACAACUACCGUCGCUAUUGCAAGCCGCACAAUGUCUGAAUAUACAGGGAUUGGCACCGCAAACUGUCACAAAAGAUGACUACACCACGCAUUCGAUACAACUACAACAUAUGAUACCACAACAACACCAUGAACAAGACCCAUUGAUCGCCACAAUUGCUACCGCACCACAACAAACCGUACAUGCUCACGUCGUCGAGGAUAUCCAUCAAGGUGGUCAGAUUUUGCAAACUACUACCCACACCAAUGCCGCCGGACAAACACAGACCAUUGUGACCGCUGAAUCUCCUAAGGAUGUUAUUCAACAAUUCUUGCCUGCACGCAAGCGCAAGCCACGUGUCAAGAAAAUGUCGCCCACUGCACCCAAAAUUGCUAAAAUUGAUGGCGUUGAAACGAUUAUUGCUACACCGACCACUCCCACUAACGUCGUCCAACAUCAGACCACACAACAACAGCAACAACAACAACAACAACAACAACAACAGCAGCAGCAGCAGCAAUUACAGGCACAACAAAGCAUUGAAAACGGCAAUGAGACGCAGAUUAUCACCUCGACACCGCACAUCAAGAGUGAGGCGAGCAAAGUUGAGACAAUUGUGACUAUGGAUCCGAAUAUUACACCGAUAUCGACAGCAAAUACCAGCGAAGCAAGCGCCGGCGGCACAACACCAGCAAGCAGCACGAAGACAGUCAAACGCACCAAGAGUGAAUCUCGUUCACGCUCACAAUCGGAACAACCGGCUACUUGUCCCAUUUGCUAUGCAGUCAUCAGACAGUCACGUAACUUGCGACGUCACUUGGAACUAAGGCAUUUCGCUAAACCUGGCGUAAAGAAGGAGAAGAAAAUGCCCGCAGGCAAAAAGAUAGUAACCACCACAUCCACUGGCGCUGGAACUAGCAAUGCUGCAGGCACAUCAACGAUCACCACAACUGUAAGCGCCGUACCACAGGUGCAAUCGGUGCAAUCGCUACACACUUUACAUACGGUACAAGUGAAAAAGGAUCCGGAUGCACAGAAUCAAGGCCAACAAACGAUGACUGUCACAACUACGUCAGGUGCUGGUGGUGCUCAACAACAACAACAGGUGCAACAGCAACAACAGCAACAGCAAGUUCAACAGGUACAGGUGCAACAGGCACCACAACAACAGCAACAGCAACAACAAAUACAACAUCAUCAAAUAAUUGAUCAAUCGGGUAAUAUAACAACAGCCACCACAACAGCGGGCGGCCAACAGCAACAACAACAACAAACUGGUGGACAAAUUGUUACGCAGACGGAGAAUACAGAUGGUACAACAUCGUUGUCGAUUGCGCAGGUGCAAACGUUGCAGGGUCAUCAAAUACUGGGCAAUAUAAAUCAGGUGAAUAUGAAUGAAUUUCAAACGCAUUCACAAUUGUAAAAUGGAUGAUGGAAGAGGAGGAAGAUGAAGUAAAAUGAGCAACUUUAAAUAAGAAGUUUAGCGAGAAGAUAUCAGAAAUUAAAAAAAACCUAGCUCGCCACCCACCCACAGACACACACACACAAACAAAGGCACUAACCAAAAACGGUGUUGAGGCACUAAAAAAAUAUGCUAUAAAUUAGACAACAGUGAAACACGUAGAAACAGUAAAUUAGAAUAUUUUUUGCUGCGACAGGGUGCAAUUAAGCACCCAAAUGGUGCAACAAAAGACCGAGUGAAAAAUGCGCAACCAAACUUAUUAACCAAAAACAGCAGAAAAAACAUGUAAAAAAGAUAUUUUUUUUAUAAAAAUGUUUGAGAAAUCUUUAAAAUUAGGUAAUAAAAAACCUCAAAUUUUUCAAUUUCUGCAACUAUAAUUCUUAUAUUAGUGUGCACUACCCUACGCUCUUGCAACUUCUGCAUAUUU